AAUCUCGAUGCAUCACAGUUUCAUAACGUUGUCUUUAAUGAUAUUUUUUAAAUCAAUGAUUACAUUUAUCGGUCAUCACUGUGAACAUUAAUGUGUUUACGAAACGCGUCCAUAUUUAUUUAUCGUACAAGGAUUUAAGUUUUGAAGUUUGUAGAAAGGAUGAACGAAGAAUUGGUAUUGUCGGUUGAAUUAUUAAAGAAUACAGUGUCAAAGACUGUUUUUAGGUUUUAGUAUACUUUAUUACCGCUAGUACCCUGCAGGAAAAUGUAGAGAGAGCUACAAAUUAUGAACUUAAAAUUGAAUUACUCAAAAACGAAUGUUUCUACAUGGUACAAGUAACUAAUUGCGGAUCAAUUAUAUGGAAUGUUGUACUCCUCCUAGACACUGUAUUUAAUCCGUUAGUGUUCGCUGGAUUAGUACCUAGUGAUAUUGCAGUUGCUUCUUUCUUAAUAAGAUGUGCUAAAGAAAAAAAUGGAGAUGCAUACAAUUUACAAUUCUGUCAAAAUUGUUGGGUGUUUGAAAGGCAAACCCAUCUCGAAGAAUUAUUUAAGAAUUAUUAUUUCCUAGACGACUAUUUGUCGAUUGUAAUAAAGUACAAGUUAUUCACGGAGAAUCUGAAAGAAUUUAAAAGUUCGUUAAUAAAAGAAUUAAUUCACUUACAACAAAAUAAUACGAGCAUCAAACUGAUGUUCUAUUGCGGCAAUGAGAUAUUUUAUACGAAUCACACGGAAUUACAUGAUGACUUCCGCAAUUGUCGUUUAUUAAGCUCAGCUUUAGCAACAGUAGUGAAACAGAGUUUAAAUGAUGAAUUUCGAGAAACGUGUUUAAAUCUGUUAAAAGUCGAUAACUCGUACGAUGCAGAAACCGUCAUUAUGUCAAAGUUAUUGACAACGAUUAAUGAAAAUUAUGUACGUCCCGAAAGAAAAGCAUCGACAAAAAACAAUGAACCUGAUAACGACCAAGAAGAGUGAACAAAAUUCAUAGAAGGAAAAUCACAUAAAGUAUAAUCUGUAAGCAAACGAGCAAUGUAACAUUGAGAUGACUUAAAUAAAAAUUUUCUUGAUAA